AUGCCCAUCGAACGAACCGACCGAAAUAACCCACGGCCAUUGAAGCCGACGCUCGCUAGUAACCGAACUGCUGCGAAGACGCCCUUGACCCCUCGACUUGCGGUUGCGCCCACCGCCUCCUCCACCGUUAGCUCAUCGAGCACCCGCACCACCCGCACCAGCAAUGGAACCACCCCGGCCAAGCCUGCUGCUUCCGCACACAACGACGUAACGCCUGUCAAGGCCUUCCUGAGCAGCAAUGUGACUCCUCGCUCUUCUUCGAGGAAAUCCCGCGUCGGUGUAGACAGCACCUCGUCGACACCCAGCGGCACUCCCUCCGCCACGCCGAGCAGCUCGCGGCCAGGGUCCACGGUAGACUUUCACAGUGGACACAGUGCCGUGGGAAAGAGCGGUGCUUCUUCAGUCGGAGUCCGCCCGCGCAGUACUCCGGGUCCAAGCAGCAGCCAUGUCACGCCAACCCCGAGGUCUUCGAUUGGCGCCUACAACAAUGCCCCGUCCGAGACGGGUUCCAGGAAAGACGCUUCGUCGCUGUUUUUCCAUGCCAACGACGCCCGCCCGCACGAGCAACCGGCACCAGUACUGGCAACAGCACCCCCAAAGAAAACACCUACCUUCUUCUACGCCGAUGGCAGACAAGAUGACGCCCCUCCCAAACACAACGUGCCGUCGCCACCGCUGUCAUCUGUCGGCAGGGCUCAGCCAGAGAGCAAGUUCUUCCACGCAGACUCGCUUUCCGAGAAAAAAGACCGCCAGCCCAUCCUCACUCCGCCAGUUAUGCCCAUGUCGCCAGAUCUGCUCCCGCCUUCUGAGAACCUACAGUCGCUGCGUCCACCAUCCCCUACCAAAGACUUUGCGCAUCUGUCGUAUCGCAAGGGAGCCUCUCAGGUCCGGCCAGCUCUUAGUAGAGGCAGUUCUGGAAACUCGGCUUUGGCCAUCUUGGCUGGACCGAACACGCCGGAUGUGUCUGAUCGCACCAGACGCAGGUCCAGUGUUGCCUCUACUAUAAAGCGAGGACAUGUCAAGAGUUCUAGCCUGUCAUCAAUCGAUUCUGUGACUAGCUUGAAAAAGGCACCGACUGCUGAACCAUCCGCUAUGGCACCAAGCCCGCUACAUACUGAAAAUCGUGCUCCUGGCGAUGCAGCAGCUACGCCCUCUCCACGCUUGACUGCGUUCUCCCCUAUAGGAUCUCCAGUAUCCGGCAGUCCAUCGAGAAACAGUGAUGGCAAGAGUGCGCUCGAGAUGAUGAACGAGCUUGCUGCCAACGCACGAAGGGAACGUAAAGUGCUUGACCUCGAGAUCAGUAACUCCUCGCUUCUUGCUAUCAAUCGGUCCUUGGAAAAAGAAGUUCGAAAGCAAAAGGCUGAACUCAGACGCUUCCGUCGCAUGAGCCGAGCUGGAGUCUUUUCUGCUGACACGACUGGCGAACCCCUGGAAACCUCGGCUAUUGGCGCUGGUAAUAUAGGAGAUUUGUCUGACAUGUCCGAGGCGGAAGAAGAAGAAACACCUGAAGAGGAGGAUGAGGACCCGGAAAGUAGCGACUCUUCUUUCGACGACAGCGCUUUGAGCCCAAGCGCGCAACUGGAGCGGGAUGAAACACAUCGCUCACGAGACGAGAAGCGUCUCCAGUUAGACCUCUCAAAACAUCGAGAGAUGCUCAACGACAGUCAGAAGAUGAAUCAGAGUCUAAAGAAAUGUCUCGGGUGGACAGAGCAACUGAUUAAGGAUGGCCAAAAGGCAUUGGAGUACAAAGUGCACGUCAGCGAUGUCAAAGUAGGUGGCCGCGUACUUGUUCCAGAAGACGACGACAACGAUAUCAGCGAAAAGCGGGAAUCCAGGGGCCUCCUCAGCCCUUGGAGUCCAAUACACAGCGCCAUAGAAGCUCUGGACUCUCCGUUCUUCCCACAACAGAGCCGAGUCAUCGACCGAGACAGUGGCAUAGACCUCGAAGGUCUUGAACACAUGGAGGAAGACAGCGACCAGUCUCGGGCAGCAUCUCCGGUGGACGAGGGCCCAUCUGGGAGUCCUGUGAAAGAGUUCCGUCCCAAACUGCCAGGGCAAUGGAUCUCGUACGCAACGACACGUGAAACGGACCUGAAGAAGCACGAGACCCUCAGCCCACUUGGCUCGCCAUUUGAAGAGCGAAUCAGAUAUCUCCAUGCGUCUAUCGACGCCCUGGAAGCAUCAUAA